CUCGUUAGUGCUGCUUUUUGUACUGUGUGUGCUGUGUGUGUUGCCCAAGUCAGUGACGACAGCAUGUCUGGCCGUGGCAAGCAGGGAGGCAAGGCAAGGGCCAAGGCGAAGUCGCGCUCGUCGCGGGCCGGCCUGCAGUUCCCCGUGGGCCGCGUGCACCGUCUGCUGCGCAAGGGCAACUACGCCGAGCGGGUGGGCGCCGGCGCGCCCGUCUACUUGGCGGCCGUGCUCGAGUACCUGACGGCCGAAAUCCUCGAGCUGGCCGGCAACGCUGCUCGCGACAACAAGAAGACCCGGAUCAUUCCCCGACACCUGCAGCUGGCCAUCCGCAACGACGAAGAGCUCAACAAGCUGCUGGGCAAAGUCACCAUCGCCCAGGGCGGCGUCCUGCCCAAUAUCCAAGCCGUCCUCUUGCCCAAGAAGACCGAGAGCCACAAGGCCAAAGGGAAGUAAACCUUGACUACCCCCCAGAAGGGGGGAAAAAACCCUCGCUGAACGCCGAACCCAAAGGCUCUUUUCAGAGCCACCCACAUUUU